GUACGAUUGAUUAUGCAGAAGGCCCAGCAGUGUGAGUCCGACUGCCCUUACGAGAACAUAGCAACCGCACACGUUCCGCAAUGAUAGCAAGUGCACCGUGUGAGUGACUGCCAGAAGCGAACGGAAGGACACCCCCCGAGCAGCGGACAGCGGAACACUAGUUUCACAAAUAUACUUCCCUUUCCUCCGAGCCGCCCGCCUGCAAACACGAAAAGUUCCUAUUUCAAGUGUCCGAGACGUGUGUGUCGAUCAAUUUGUAUUAUUAUCAAUAUCAGUGCUAGUUCCUAUUGUAUACCGCGCCAACCCUGUCUGGAUUAAACAACAAGCAGAUCGGACUCAGUGCCGCCGACCAUAAAUGAACCCAAGUUUGGAGCUGUGGAGCUGAAAUCGAGAAUGCAGCACCCCGAGCAGAGACAUCGUCCAUUUCCCGCCAACAUGUGAUGGUGGCUGCGCGGUCCGCACGAGAGCACCAACCGCCAGCACCACCACCGCCACCCAGAGCAACACACUUUGGCAGAGAUGCCAACCCCGACCGCGAGCACGAUCGGUGAAACGCCGAUCACGGUGCCCACGACGUCGUCGGCGCCGAGCAUCCUGCAAGAGGGCUCGUCGCCGACGCUGACCACCGACGCCAGCGGCACGACAAACGGACCGUCGUCGUCUUCGGUGAUGACGACGACGACGCCACCUCCGCCCUCGUCGGCGGCGCCGCCGCCGGCAGCGUCCGGAAGCUGGCGGCGACGGACCAAGCGGGCGCCGCAGAGACUGAGCCAGGCGGCGGCGGCGGCCUCCGACGAAGAGGAGGAGGACACCGCCGACGACGACAGACAAUCACCGGCCGUCGCCGCCAACCACCAUAUUCCGCAGCACCCGGACGAGUCGUCGGACGCCGACGUGGAGCGUUUCGACGGCAAGAUCGUGUACAACCCGGACGGGUCGGCCUACAUCAUCGAAGACAGCGAGUUGAGCGACGACGACGCCGUCGACUUGCCCAAAUUGGACGGCUGCAUCGUGGACGCGCACGGCUCGAACGUGUCGCAGCUGCCGGCCUUCCCGCAGAUCGCCAACGCGUUCUACGUGUCGCGCAACCCGACCGGGCUGUACAACGCGCUGUACGGCCAGGCGUACGCCACCCUGAUGCGUGAUAGCAAAAGCAAGAUAGUUCCUGAGGUGCCCGUGAUGCACAGCUACCGCGUGUACACGGUGCGCGACAAGAAGCUGGAGGAGCAGGAGAAGAAGCACAAGACUGACGCCGACACGCAGGGGCAGGAGGAAGAGGAGCCGACGGCCGUGCCGAUCAAACCCAUCCUCAUGUGCUUCAUCUGCAAGCUGUCGUUCGGCUACGCCAAGUCGUUCGUCGCGCACGCGCUCAGCGACCACAGCGUCGCGCUGCUCGACGAGGAGAAGGAGCUGCUGGGCCAGAAGAACGCGUCGGCCAUCAUCCAGUGCGUCGGUAAGGAGAAGGAGCCGCUCGUCUCCUUCCUCGAGCCGGUCGUGCCUCCCGCCGUGACCGCCGCGGCGGCCGCCAAGCGGGCCGCGUCGCCCAGCGUCAGCGUCGCGGCCUCGCUGGUGGCGGCCAACGCCAUGAAGUCGCUCAUGGCCGCCGCCGCCAUCGAGCAGAGCUUGAAAGAUUCGGCCUCGGCGCCGGAAGACCUCACCCGCAAGAGCCCCGCCUCGCUGCCCAACCGCUCGAACUCGGCCUCACCCCUGCAACAGCCCCCCUCCGCCCCCAGCACGCCCCAUCCGCAGCAGCAGCAGCAUCAGCAGCUUCAGGGCAUGCACCAGCAACAGCAGCAGUUCCAGCUGCCGCCGCCGCCGCUACCUCAGUUCCAGAACUCGGCGCCGCCCAACUUCCUCACCGGCACCACCAUCGGCGUGUGUCCGGACCACGUGACGGGCCGACCGAGCGGCGUCGAGUGCAACAAGUGCGAGAUGAUCCUGGCGUCGUCGCGGCUCGGCGGGGCCGGCGGCGGCGCCGGUUCGCAAGGAGGCGGCGGCCUGCUCGCUGGCAUGCACUCGCGCAAUUCGUGCAAGACGCUCAAGUGUCCCAAGUGCAACUGGCACUACAAGUACCAAGAGACGCUGGAGAUUCACAUGAAGGAGAAACAUCCAGAGAACGAGACGAGCUGUUUGUACUGCAUCGCCAGCCAGCCGCACCCGCGGCUGGCGCGCGGCGAGACCUACACCUGCGGCUACAAGCCGUACCGCUGCGAGGUGUGCAACUACAGCACCACCACCAAGGGCAACCUCAGCAUCCACAUGCAGUCGGACAAGCACCUCAACAACAUGCAGGAGCUGCAGAACGGCGGCGUGCCGCCCUCCUCCGGCCCCGGCAACGACUCGUCGCAGCAGGUGAUGCCGCAGCCCAAGAUGUCGUCGGCGCUGAGUCCGCCGGCGCCGCCCAGCGUGCCCAGCUCGCCGUCGGCGCCCGUCGCCAGCAAGCCCAAGCCCACUUUCCGCUGCGACGUGUGCAACUACGAGACCAACGUGGCGCGCAACCUGCGCAUCCACAUGACCAGCGAAAAGCACACGCACAACAUGAUGGUGCUCCAGCAAAACGUCAAACACAUGCAGCAGCUGAGCGCUCUGCAGAACCAGAUGGCGGCGUCGGGCGUCGACCCCGCCACGGCCGCCGCCCUGCUGCAGUUCCACCCGGCGCUGCAGGCCGGCGCCGCCGCCGAGAAGCCGAUGCACACCGAGGCCGCCCUGGCCGACAUGGCGUACAACCAAGCCCUUCUGAUCCAAAUGAUGACCGGCGGACAGCUGCCGCCGCACGUGCCGCCCGAGUUGGCGCCGCACGUCGACAUGGGCCUCAACCCGGACACGAUGGAACCUCCUCCGGAGGCGCCGGAGCAGAACCCCAACUACCUGUUCCAGUGCUGCGUGUGCACGGUGUUCACGACGGACUCGCUGGAGGCGCUGUCGCACCACCUCGCGCAAGACCGCACCAAGCUGCGCGAGCAGGAGAUCCUGGCGCUGGUCGGCGGCAACUACGUCUGCAAGCUGUGCACGUACAAGACCAACCUGAAGGCCAACUUCCAGCUGCACUGCAAGACGGACAAGCACCUUCAGCGUCUGCAGCACGUCAACCACAUCAAGGAGGGCGGCGUUCGCAACGAGUGGAAGCUCAAGUACGUCAGCGUUUCCAACCCGGUGCAGGUGAGGUGCCACGCGUGCGACUACUACACCAACUCUGCGCACAAACUGCAGCUGCACGCAGCGCACCAGCGCCACGAGAUCUCGCGCAUGGUCUUCCGCCACCUGUCUCAGUGCGAGACCAGCUUCAGGGAAAACGAGCCGCGCAUCUACAACUGCGCACUCUGCAUCUUCUCGUGCCGCACCAAGUUGCCCAUGCUGCAGCACGUCAGGUCCAUCAAGCACCUCCAGAUGGAGCAACUGCACCAAAUGCAGCGCCGCACAGAAGGAAAGGAGCCGCACACGGAAAUCGGCGACGUCUUCCAGGUCAUCGGACAGUCCCAGCUGGACGCUUCCAUUCAGCAGCAGCUGGCCGCCGAAAAUGCUGCGGACACACCAGACCGCAAGCCUAAGGGUGAAAACGACCCGGCCAGCAUUCUCAAGUUCAGCCUGGAGCAGACGGAGGCGGAAGAGACGUCGCCCGAGCGCGGCCACAACUGUCCCUUCUGCACUUUCAGCAGCACGAGCGAGAUGCGCAUCCAGGCGCACGUGUUGGCGCAGCAUCCGCAGCAGGCGGCCGCGCAGCAGUCCACGCCGUCGUCGUCGUCCGACAAGGAGUCGACCCCAACCAAAGAGUUCCUCUGCCCGCUGUGCCAGGACGUGUUCAAGGACCGUCCGCUGCUGGAGAAGCACGUGAUGCAGAUCCACAGCGUCAACGCCGAAGGCCUGCAGCGACUGCUGCUGCUGGUGGACCAGUCGCACUGGCUCAACGCCACGCCCGAGUCCACGUCGUCGACCGACCCGAAACCCAUGGAGGUGUCCAAAGACGAGGACGAAGACGAAGAGCCCAUGGAGACGGACGAGUUCAAGUGCCAAACGUGCAGCAAGGCGUGCGCCAACCUCGACGAGCUUUGCCAGCAUCUGUGCGAGACCGGCCACCUGGAGAUGAGGCAAACACCGAACGGCGCCGCCUACCCGUGCGUCAAGCCCCAGUGCGGCCAGAUGUUCGCCUCGGCGGCCGCCAUGCAGAGCCACUUCAGGGACGCGCACCUCAAGAUGGGCUUGGCGCCGGGCAUCGCUUCGGUGUCCGAGAAGCACGUCUACAAGUACAGGUGCAACCAGUGCUCGCUGGCGUACAAGACCAUGGACAAAUUGCAGCAACACUCGCAGUACCACCUCAUCAGGGACGCCACCAAGUGCAUGCUGUGCUCGCGCAGCUUCAGAUCCGUUCUGGCGCUCAUCAAGCACGUCGAGACGCACACCGAACUGCCCGAGGAGGAACUGACGCAGACCAAGCAGAAAAUGAUGAACAACCCCUUGCUGAUGGCCAGCCUCGCGGGCGGCGCGGGCGGCCUCGAAGAACUGAUCAAGCUGCAGGAGGGCGUCGACGAGGAGGUGGACAGUGGUCAGGAGGAGGACGCCGAGGAGUUCUUCGACGACUACCUCAACUCGCAGGCUUUCGCCGAGGACAACUACAACGAUCCGACCCGCAAGUACAAGUGUCACAGGUGCAAGGUGGCUUUCACCAAGCAGUCCUACCUGACCGGCCACAAUAAGACCCUGCUGCACCGCAAAGGCGAGAAGCUGAGUUACCCGAUGGAGAAGUACCUCGACCCCAACCGGCCGUACAAGUGCGACGUUUGCAAAGAGAGUUUCACGCAGAAGAACAUCCUGCUGGUGCACUACAAUUCGGUCAGUCACCUGCACAAGCUCAAGCGGGCGAUGCAGGACCACAACGCGCAGACGCACAACAACAACAACAAUAACGGUCUGCCGAGCGGUGCCGGCAAGGACGAGGAUGACAAGAAACCGUACAAAUGCAACAUCUGCAAGGUCUCCUACAGCCAGGGCUCCACCCUGGACAUCCACAUGCGCUCGGUGCUGCACCAGACGCGCGCCUCCAAGCUGCAGGAACUGGCUUUGACCGGCCAAAUUGAUCUCAGCCGUCCUCUGAUCGAGCAACCUGACUCCCUGAGCAACCUUAAAGAGUAUCCUGACUACAAAAAGCUGUCGGCGGAGUCGCCCAAGCCAGACUCGCCCAUCACGAGAGCAUCUCCGAACUCGGUGGAGCAGUCGCCGAACUCGUCGUCCAACCAACUGAUGUCUCCCUUGAACGAGACCACGUCCUCCGCAAACACCAGCAUGCACGCGUGUCCCAAGUGCUCGGCGCACUUUAUGUCGUCCGAGCAGCUGCAGCAGCACCAACAGCUGUAUUGCGUGUUCAGCGUGGCCAGCCAAAUGUUCAACGACGGCUCGCCGAUCGGCAACAAGACCCCCAGCCCGGUGCCUCACCCGCUGAAUUCCUCCACGCCGCAGCAACUGCUGGAAGAAGGCCAACUGACCAAGAUGAUCGCGGCGGCCAGGCGGCCGUCGCAGAUGUACAAGACCCUGCUCGAGAGCUACGGAUUCGACCUGGUCAUGCAAUUCAACGAGAACACGCAGCGCAGACGCAGAGAACUGAUCAAGGAGGAGGAGGAAAAGGCCAAAGAAGCGGCUGCCGCUCAAGAGGAGGCGGAAAAGGAGAAGGCGAUGACGCCACCGGCUCCAGAGGUUGUCGUCCCUCAGGAAGAGAUCAGCCUUCCGGAGGUGGGCAAGUCGACGUGCCAGCACUGCAAAAAAGAGUUCAGCAGUGUUUGGGUGCUGAAAGCGCACUGCGAAGAAGUGCACAAAGACCUGGUGCCGCACGAGUUCCUCGAGAAGUACGCUCAGCAGUUCAAAAACGAGUACGAGAAGAAGAGCACCGACCGAGCCAGUCCCGACGCCGCCACUCCCGAAAAAGACGAGGAAACCGCUCAGCCGAAAAGCAUCGAAGUGACGCCGACCAACGCAAGCACUCCGACCGCGAGCAGCACUCCUGUCUCGAGCACGGACAGCAUUCCGAACAUGCAGGCCAACAUGAUGCAGCAAAUGAACGAAAUGCAGGCGGCGCUGAAUGCCAUGGCCGCGUCUCAACUGCAGCAGCUGCAAUUCAAUCCCAUGAUGAUGAGCAUGGCCUCCUUGGGAAUGGGUCUGCCUCUGGGCAUCAACAUGAAUGCCCUGGCCGCCAUGAACCUGCAACCACCCCUCGUGCCCAUGAUGAUGCCACCUCCGUUCGACCCUCUCAGCCCUCUCUUUGACCCGCAGAUGCUGGCCAAGCAGCAACAGAUGCUCAACCAGCAGCAGUCUCAGCCCAGUCCGUCCCAGAUGGCGGCAAACUCGCAGAACUCUGCUCCGCCUCAGCAGCAGCAGAAGAGAGCCAGAACCAGAAUCACCGACGAGCAGCUGAAGAUCCUGCGCGCCCACUUCGACAUCAACAACUCUCCGUCGGAGGAGGCGAUCAGCGAGAUGGCCAACCAGAGCGGCCUCCCGCCGAAGGUCAUCAAACACUGGUUCAGAAACACCUUGUUCAAGGAGCGCCAAAGAAAUAAAGACUCUCCGUACAACUUCAACAACCCUCCCUCGACCACCCUGAACCUGGAGGAGUACGAGAAGACAGGAGAGGCCAAGGUGGUGCCCCUUUCGAGCGAGGAGCAGAAGAGCAUCCAGCAGCAAGCGCUCCUGGCCUCGUCAAAGAGCAAAAAGCAGCAACCGCAGCCGCAGUCGCAGCCACAGCCACAGUCUCAACAAAUCCAAAUUCCACCACCACCGCCUCCGCCUCCUCCACUGCUGACUGAAGUCAAGUUGGAGCCGAAAGAGGAGAAGAAGGAGGAGCCUUCCAUCAAGGUGGUCGAGCCUUCGAUCGAGAGCGAUCACCAGCAUCCGACCCCGCAGAGCCUGGCGAACUUGAUCAAUGCGCAACUGGAGAUGCCCCAGCCGCCGGUGACCUCUUCGCCGUCCUCCAGCUCGAGCAGCUGCAGCAUCACGCCGAGCAACAUGCUGCCUCCUCCGAAAAUGAGUUUCAUGGGCCAGCCGCUCAUUCCACCCAGCGUGAGCCCGAGUGGACGCUCGCCGAGCCAGCCCUCCGCCAUGGACUGCUUCAACCCUCAGCUCAACCAGAACUCGAACGGCAGCACCUCGUCCGGGGGCUCAUCGUCCGGUAAGCGUGCGAAUCGCACACGUUUUACAGAUUACCAGAUCAAGGUGCUGCAAGAGUUUUUCGAGAACAACGCCUACCCCAAGGACGACGACCUGGAGUACCUGUCCAAACUUCUCAGCCUGAGCCCGCGCGUGAUCGUGGUCUGGUUUCAGAACGCGCGCCAAAAAGCUCGCAAGGUCUACGAAAAUCAGCCACCCGUCGAAGCGCCAACCGACGACGGCACCGGCCGCUUUCAGCGCACGCCAGGACUCAACUACCAGUGCAAAAAGUGUCUUCUGGUCUUCCAGAGGUACUACGAGUUGAUCCGCCACCAAAAGACGCACUGCUUCAAGGAGGAGGACGCCAAACGCUCGGCUCAGGCGCAAGCGGCCGCGGCACAAAUCGCCGCCGUCAUGUCCUCCGAAGACUCCAACUCUUCGGCCGAGCCGUCGCAGGCGUCGAACGCGGCGCCGCUUCCACCGAACCCCUCCAUGUUCGCCACCUCGCCAGUGCCACAGUCCCCGGUGCCGUCGGUAGAGUCGCCGUCGCGCAGCACCACCAAGUCACCCUCGGGCAGCGCGGCUCCGGACAGCUAUCAGUGCGACAAGUGCAACCUGGUGUUUCCCCGCUUCGAUCUUUGGCGCGAACACCAACUGGUGCACCUGAUGAACCCUAACCUGUUUCCCUCCUACCCGCCAGACUCGCCGUUCGGCAUCCUGCAGCAGCACGCGCUGCACCAACAGCAGCAGCAGAAUCAGGCCGCCUCGUCCACGGAAGGCUCCGAGCCGGGCACGCCGACUCCCCUACAACAAAAACGGAAGAUGGAGGAGCUGGACGAGGAGCGGGAGGACCAUCCGAAGGACAAACGCCUCCGCACCACUAUCCUGCCCGAGCAGCUCGACUACCUGUAUCAAAAGUACCAGGUCGAGAGCAAUCCGAGCAGGAAAAUGCUGGAAAACAUUGCGCGAGAGGUAGGCCUUAAAAAGAGAGUAGUGCAAGUUUGGUUUCAAAACACGCGUGCCAGGGAGCGCAAGGGUCAGUUCAGGGCGCAUGCACAGGUCAUCAACAAGCGGUGCCCGUUCUGUCCAGCGCUGUUCAAGGUAAAAUCGGCGCUCGAGUCGCACCUGGUGACCAAACACGCCGAUCAGUGCACCCGCGGCGAGAUCAACAUCGACGCGCUGCCCGACGAGGACAUCAGCAUGUCCGAGGAAGGCGACUCGAAGCCCCCCACCACCCCGCCGAUCAUGCCACCCAUCUUUCCGCCCUUCUGUAACUCUGGCUCGGGUGAAAUGGAGAACUCGCUGAAAAAGUACUACGAGGAAAGCAUGAAACGCUACAUGAGCGAGCUGCAGGCUCACACGAACGCGAGCAAGGAGCAGCAGCAGCAGCAGCAACAACAACCGCAGGAGGUCAAGGUGAAACAGGAGGGUGGCGCUCCGACCGGCACCGGUGAGUCUCCACUCGACCUGAGCAAGCCGGUGGACCUGUCCGGCGGACGACCGCCGCAGAUGCGAAUGGACUUCGACCCCGAGGCCAUGGGCGAGGACAACCAACAGCAGCAGCAGCAGCAACGCAACUAUUUAGGUGAGGAUUGUGAAAGCUCUGAAAAUGAGUUCAAUUUUGCCGAUGUCAAUGACGAAUUUCUGAGCCAACCGACCUCGCCGGCAUCGAGCACUCAGUCAUUUGGCGUCUUUCCCUCUUCUGGUGGUGGUGGUGGCGGUGGUGGUACUGGUGGUGGCACAGGUGGUGGUGGCGGACCGAAUAAACGCUUCCGCACGCAAAUGUCCAGUUUGCAAGUCAAAGUCAUGAAAUCGCUCUUUUCCGAUUACAAAACGCCCACCAUGGCCGAGUGCGAGAUGCUGGGCCGCGAGAUCGGUUUGCAGAAGCGGGUCGUGCAGGUGUGGUUCCAAAACGCGCGCGCCAAAGAGAAGAAGCACAAAUUGUCGCUGCAGAACGCGGGUCUGGCCGUGGACCGGCCGCCGCCCGACGAGUGCCACGUGUGCGGCGGCUUUCAGUACUCGCACAAGUACUCGGUGCAGGACCACAUCUUCACCAGGGGCCACAUUGAUAACCUCAAAUUGUGUCUGUCGGCCGAGGCCAACAACUCAUCAUCUUCUGCUUUUGCCCUUCCUACAGCUCCCUCGCCUCAGCAACAGCAGCAGCAACAACAAGAUAAGCAGUCGGCGCCGUCGCUGCAGAUGCUGCAGAUGGCCGGUCUGGCCGGCCUCUCGCCGCCGGCGCUCACGGCCGCCAUCUCGGCCUUCGCCGCGGCCAACAACAACAAGGAGACCAAAGACAAGUCUCCGGAGGAGCUCGCCCUGCUGCAGCAGCUCUACGGCAUGGCCGCCGCAGCGCAGGCUUCCGGACAGAACAACCUCUUCCUCCACCCCGGUGUCUUCCCCAAUAAUGCAGUGGGCACGCAGCCGUUAGCACCGACGCCGCAGGAGCCACAGUCGAGCGGGGUUCCCCAGGGCACCAGCCUGAGCAAGUUCAAACUGCCAGCGAAAACGGUGGGCGAGAUCGGGCAAGCGUGCGCCACUGCCGGACACACGAUCGUGCGCUUCAGCGCAGACACGGAAGGCUUGUCGGGGGCGGCGAUGCCUCCGCACUGCCGGCACCUGGAGAAGGAGGCGGCGUUCAUCUGCAAGAAGUGCCAACUGGCGUUCCCGACGGAGGCGGCCGUCAACGGCCACCAGCGGGCCGCGUGCUUCGCCGGGCCGGCCGCGUUCGAGCAGCGCGGCCACGUGCGUCUGGUGCAGCUGGGCUUGGAGUGCCGCGCCUGCCACGAGACGGUGGCGACGGCGGCGCAGUUGUUGCAGCACUGCGCCUCGCAGCAGCACGAGGCCAACACCGCGCAGCCCGAGCUGACGCACGAGAUGGAAGACGUGGUGAACCAGAUCACGGCGCUGGCGGCGCAGGCCUCGUCGGCCGCCAGCCCGAAACCGGCCCCGGCCCCCAUGGAGGCCGGGCCCGUCUCCGGCUAGGACGAUGAUGAAUCAACAACCAACCAACUUGGACGACGACGUGCUUUAUUCAAAAAGUUCCUCAACGCAAGCGUUUUAAUAGCAAGUAAUGUAACACACUCUCACUCACCGAAAAUGGGCAAGAUGCCGCCCGGCGGCCACCGGCGGACAGACGCGGCCGCCCAGGCCGCUCGGCGCCGCCUUGCAUACCGAAUCGAUUGACUCUUUCCGUUGUUUUUGUGUAAAUACUUUGAACUUUGACGGAGCCAUACAUAGUUAUAAAAAAAAUAAUCACUCGUAAAAUUAUACUGUGGCAAAAUGUGACGCGCGUACACACACGUACACUCACUCUCCUCAAAUAAAAUGAGGAAGACUCGUAUAUUGAUUGUAAACUAUCUGAUUUUUGAUUGAAUUGCGAAUAUACACACUCACUAUAUAGAAAAAGGAUCAAGGAACUUGGCUGUUCACUCUCACCUCGCUGCGAAAGUAAUAAAAGAAAAUCACAAAACGGUCCUUAAAUAAUACUGAACAUUAAUUUGAGAAUAUUCUAGCGUUUUAGCCUAACUCACACGGCGCGCGAAAAUCAAUUCGAAGUAAUAAUCUCGACACACACAUAUAUACACACACACACACACACACGAUGAACACUUACACUCACACACUACAUUACUUAAAAAUAUGAGAAGUCUACUACUAUCUUAAGCUAACUCACUACUACUUAUAGAGAUUCUAUGUGUUUCUGUGCUUUUUCAGAUGUUGAACACACACACAAACACACACUCGAUUAUUAACGUGAAAGAUAUCGUUCAAUGUUAACUAAUUUUUGCGCCGAGCACGGAAGCGUUUCUUGGCGUCGAAAUAAGAAAGAGAAGAAAGAAAAAAAUUGAGAGCUAUUUACAUACUUAGAAGAAUCACUCACACACUCACAGACACCGACGAAAGCAAAUGUUGAUAUUUUUAUGGCGAGAAGGUUUUUCGUUCCUAAACGCAACGGCAAGAAGAAUUCGAGUAAAAACGAAAUUCGCGGACCUUCUUCGUUUUUUGAUAAAUGUCUGAUCUUUUUUAUGUGAAUGCUCGCAACCCUCGCACCGCCGCACUCGUCUCGCAGUGGGCGGAAAAUUGAAAAAUGUUGACGUGAAUGAACGAAAAUUAAUAAUCUUAAAAUUUAAUUAAUUCUAGUAAGAAAGAAAUCGGAAAUACACUCACACACACACACUCACAUACACACACACUUACGCAAACACAAACACACUCUCGUAUAAUUCCUAGCGCUUAAGUGUAAAUUUAAGGCAGAAUGGGUGUUUAACUCGGUCACACACAAAGGUCUGGCACGAAAAUGAAACCGGCGGUGUCCUAAUAAUCGCCGCGGGGCCCACCGAGGGGCCCGCGGGGCCCCGGGACCGUAGCUGGGGCGGCCCGGGCGCCCAGAUCGUCUUUACGCUCCAACAUCAAACUCACAAUCGAGGGGGCGGCCGUGCCCGGGAGGCCCCCGCGGGGGCCUCGAGGGGCUCGGCCUCUCCCGCCCAGCAAACCUAAGGUUCCUAUAAUAGAUCAUAUAACUUUAAGUAAGGUUCCUCGUAAUAAAUAUUUGAAAGAGAGAGAGAAAGAAAGAGAAACAAACGGUGACGACACACACGUACAGCUUUUUUCUAUAUAAUAUUAAACUCACACGACACACGACAAACACACACGAGAUGGCAAAAAGAAAGAAACAAAGUAAUUGUACUAUUAUCAUUAGUUAAGUGUGCUGUUGGUGUAAAAUUCGAGGAAUUGAAAGCCGAAAAAAACGCGUUAUUUCUCUGCUCUCGUUUCUCCCUGAGAUGUUCUGCACAUUACGAUUCUGUCUCUUUUUUAAAAACUAACUAACAAACUAAGUUGUAUGCGGUGCAAAAUUCCUUCAACUGUAUAUUCGAUUAUUGCUCGUUCCUGGAUGGAUUCAAGUGCCCCACUCACUAUUCUCUUUCGAUUGAGAAGCUGCUGCAAAAUUCCUACACACAAAACUACUAAACUAUCAAAACUGCUGCAAGCAUAUGAUCAAUGUCUGCGUGUUGAUUGAAAUGGUUCCUAACGAAACAACAAUAAGCGCGAAAUAGUUAUUUUUUCAUUCGAGAAGCGACUCAAACUCACACACUCACACUAUAACACACUGCCUAAAACUGUAAUAAUCGCAUUCACACGAAAACAAACAAACACACAAGAAGACAAGAGUAUUAAAAUUCUACCUCUCUACGACGCAGAUGCAAAAAUAAAUGAAAUUGAUCCGCAGCUCUGUUCCUAUAUACGAUGGAUGCUACUCGAAAUUUUUUUCGAUUGACAAGCAACUCAACUACUGGAUUUUGCAGUUGUAUGUUACACACACACACACUGAAAAAUAAUAACUCUCGGUUCCAUUUUCUUGUGAUAAUACGAAUUGUUGGCUCUCCACCUCCUCCUGCUGCAUGCGCGCUGGCAACGAACUGAGAUUCUCGCAUAUCCAACAAAAAAUAAAAACACUCUCACUCACUAACCCGCGCAGAGUCUCUCUCGCUCGCUUAUGUGCUUUUUCACACACGCACUAUAUAUGGUGUAGGAAACUCUCUCUGCUCUCUGUCUCUCUCUAUCGCUCUGUCCGAAAUUAACCCCAAUAACCCACCAACCCCGCUGCUACUAACUCUAUUUCUCGCCCAGGAACUCACUCUCUCGACGAGGAACCAGACGAUUGGACACCGCCCGAUAAAAAUUCCGAUUUUCUUUGUUUCGUUUACAGUAGCAGCGAAGUGUUUUGUUUUUGAACUGCGAACCAUGCCAAGAGUGAAAUAAUAUACAUACCCUUUCCCGCCACGCCCACCGUUCAAGUCUCUGAAAGAUUCAGAGUUCGCGUUGAUUGUGAUGUAAAUAAACACAGAGUUUAAGAGAUAGAGAGAGACAGAGAGGGAGAACAAAUUUGCCGCGUGUGCAGCCUCUCCGGUUUUGUUGUGUAACCAGGGUCCGGAAAAACCAAACUGUUUUUUGCGGGUUUUUCUGCAAUUUUGUGCAUUUUUCAGAAACACAUGCAUUCCUAUGGAAAAUAAAAAAUUCUCAUCAUGGAUUGGUGGAACCGGUGGCUCUAAUACAAAUUUUGGUGAUUUUGAAAAAUCCCUAUUUAUUGGUUCUCCGACGGAUCGCCAAAAAUAGGGAUUUUUCAAAAUCAGUAUUAGAGCCACUGGUUCCACCAAGAGACUAAAAAUUUUAACUCUCUGCAUAAUUUUCUGAAAUUUGAGCCUCUUUUCGAGCGAAAAUUGACUAUUUUCGGGUUAAAUUCGGAAAAAUGCGGAAAAACCCAGCCGGUUUUUUGCGCAAAAAACCGGCUGGGUUUUUCCGCAUUGCAAAAUUGGUGAACCCUGGUUGUAACGGACAAAUUACUCGCAAUCUUAAAUUAUGUGCAUGUAAAUUGAAUAUAAUAUAUAUAAAAUAGACUGAAAGCUGAAGAAUUUAAGAAUCCUCUUUUGCUGAAAGUAAUGUUUAGGAACAAAAUCUCUCCUCUUUUUUAAACCACACACUGUGUACAAUACUUUAAAUGUCGAAUUAGUUGUUAAUUAAAUUAUUUUGAAUCAUCUCCGUUUCUCCUUCCAUAACGAUAGACGCGGAUUAUUCCAAAGUGGCGGUCUCACACGCAGCAUCGUGUUUACGUUUUAAUUUAUUAACGUGCGUACUCACAAACGUAGAACAGUGAUUUUCCGUUCGAACAUUAGUGAUGCGGUUGCAAUUCUCUCUGUAAGGACAAGAAUGUUCAUAAACGUAAAUGGCGUUUUCUGUGUGGGUUUGUGAAUUUGAAAAAUAAAAAUAAAAACGCAAAGUUGUUCUAUCUCUUGAGGGGGGGAUCGACACUACUUCUGAGAUGGAGGAGAUAAUUUUUUAUUAUUAGUCUGUCAUUCAAAAAGGCAGCUCAGUGAUAGUGCUGAAAUCAAGACGCAAAAAAAUGAUCACACGAAUAAAGCAGUGUGCGCGCGUCGCGUCGCGCCGCCCCAAAUAUCGCGGGGCCGACGCCGCCCGCGCGCAUACUGUGUUAUUUUUAAGGAGUUUAAUGGUAUAUAAAAAUGAAAACGCAAAAAAUGUCUACCUCAGCACUCAAAAAAGUUCCUAAUUCAUUGAAUAAUCGAUAAAUAAGAAAUAUAUUAAUAGAAAUAAUAAUUUUUAAAUGCGAUGAGAUGAGUAUUAGUGACGAAAACCAAUGCGAUGAUCGACUACAAAUCCGUUAUUUUCUGCUCAUUUUCUCGAUUCAGCAUUUUUGGGUUCACCGAAUUUUGGAUUUGAAUAUUCUGUGACUGUAUUAGUUGUACGACUAUACAAUGAUAGGUUAUCUCGCAAUAUAUUUGUUGAAGUACAUUGUGCUGCCUUUACAUAUUAUUGCCAUUCGUGGACACAGAUUGCUUGUUUUUUAGUUGUGAUUGAUUGUUUGUGACUAUAACAUACAAAAAAAAUAAAGAAAACCACGCGCAUACACACAAGUAAACGUUAUACAACUCUAUUAUGAUUGUCAAAGAAACAGACAAAGAGCUGCGAGUUUUUCUUCUCAUUUACAUCCGCAAUUGUUUUUCGAGCUAUUUGUUCGUAUGUACAUUUUAAAUAUAAUUAUAUAUGAUUG